ACCGUGUUUCCGUCCUUCCCUCAUUCCCAACCACACGCCAUCUCUCUAAUUCGCGACAAAUGUUUGCACUCCAUCCACCGCCCGGACAGCAACGUCUGCCCACGUUCCAUCAUCAACGGAGAUUGCCGAGAUUGCCCGUGCCACCAAUCAGACAGACCUUGGACAAGUAUCUAAAGAGCCUGGAGCCGCUGUUGGAAGAGGGUGAGCUGAACGGCCAAGGGAACAAGCUUGAAGAGUCGCAAAAGCGUGUCGCCUGGGCCGUGGACUUUGAAAAUGGCAUCGGACGUGAGUUGCAGGAACGAUUGAUAGAUGUCGAUCGUUCAUCGGAAAAUAACUGGUUGGAUGACAACUUCUGGAUUAAGAAGGCGUACCAUGAAUGGCGUGCUCCACUGAUGGUCCACUCCAAUUGGUGGCUGUUAUUUCAUACAGACGCGACCAUUCCAUUGAGCGUAGCGGAGAAUCCUCCUUCUCCUGGGCAGUUUGGGGAGUGGCAAUUGAAGCGGGCAGCGUGGCUUACGGCUCGCUUCCUCGACUUCAAAGCGAAGGUAGAUCAACAGGAGAUCCACCCCGAUAGCUCUCGCACAGGUCCGUUCGACAUGUAUCAAUAUACUCGUGUAUUCAACCUCUCCCGCAUCCCCAAGCCCGGUUGCGAUAUGUUAUCUCAUAAGCCUGCGUUGAAGGAUCCAGGCGCUCGAAGCAUCAUGGUAAUGGCGAAAGACUGGGUAUACAUGGUCGAGGUGCUUGACCGAGACGGAGGGAUAGUUGGGAUAGGCGAGAUAGAGAAAAGACUGGGCGACCUCAUGGCGGAUGUGGAGAAUCGGGUGAGGAAAGGAGAGAAAGCGGAACCUGUGUGCAUUCUGAGCUCUGAUGACCGUGAUGUGUGGGCGAACAACCGUGAAUAUCUUCUUACCCUUUCGCCUGUGAUCAACCGCAAAGCUUUUACCCUGAUGGAAAAUAGUCUCUUCGCUCUAUGUCUCGAUAUGCACACCAUACCGACACCAUCCUCGUCCAACUUCGUACCCGCACCCAUUGAAGCGCAUGUGCGCAGUAUUGCGACCGGUCCCGACGGCCUGAACAGAUGGUACGACAAAACAUUAACCGUCAUCGUUGAGUCGUCGGGACGCGCAGGGAUGAUGGGGGAACAUUCCCCGUGUGACGCGCUCAUCCCGAGCAUUGUCGUCGAUUACGCUAUUGCCGAACCCAUCGAUCUUGGAGCGUUCACCCAGAACCUGGAAAGCGCGGAGGAGGGUGACGUGAUAUUUGAUGCAGAUACAACGACUGGUCCGAAAACCAGAGGAUGGGAGCGUGUCGAGUUCGAAUUGGACGAUAAAAUGAGGAAGGAAAUCCAAGAGGCCACAAUUCGGGCAAAGGCGACCGUAGACGACUCGGACGCUAGCCAGUUGUGGUUCGACGAGUAUGGUGCAGAUUGGAUCAAGAAGACUGCCAAGCAAUCCCCCGAUGCAUAUAUCCAGAUGGCGCUUCAGCUGGCCUUCUACAAGGACCAAGGCUUCUUCAGUGCGACGUACGAGACGGCCUCCACUCGCUUGUUCGCGCAUGGGCGUACAGACGUCAUUCGCACAUAUACCACUAACAGUCGCACUUUCGUUCGGGCGAUGCUGGAUCCAUCAGCUUCGGCCGAAGCUCGCUACAAGGCGCUGUCAACUGCUAUCUUUUCGCAUAAUGCGUAUACCCGCGAAGCAUCCACCGGAAAAGGCAUUGACCGACACUUAAUGGGCUUACGCCUCAUGCUGCGCGACAAAGAGGGGGAAGGGGUGAAGUUAUUCGAAGAUCCCUUGUUCGCCAAGAGUCAGGAAUGGAAGUUGAGUACUAGUGGAUUGAGCGAAGGGACUAGGUUCCAUGGCACUGGUUUCGGAACUGUGUGGCCAGAUGGCUAUGGGACGAACUACCUUGCCGGUGGAGACCUCAUCAAAUUCGGCGUGGAGUCCAAGAUCUGCGCCCCUAAUACCAACACACAGAGGUUCAAGCGUCAUCUGGUCGACAGUCUGCGGGAGAUGAAGCAGGUGUGUGAGGAGGGUGCUGCCCUUCCGGCUAAACUGUAGCAUGGGCCAUAUUCGGGGUUUGUCCGAUCGUGAAGCCAUUGGAGU